AUGGGAAAGCUUAUGGGCUAUGUCUCCGUAGGUACAGAAGAUGAAACAGGAAACAAGAAACAAGAAAGACGAGAGGAAAGAAAACCAAGGAGAAUGGAAGAGGAAGUAGAAGAAGAAGUAGAAGAAGAAGUAGAAGAAGAAGCAGAAGUAGAAGUAGAAGCAGAAGCAGAAGAAGAAGUAUGGAUGUACAACUACCUCAUCCGCGGGAGGGGGAGGGGAGCUUUGACUCGAAACCCGGACUUCCUCUCGAACUCUUUCGACUCGCAUGGCGGCCUGCUGGAUCCCACUUUUCUCUGGUCCCGAACUUUUCUAUCUCUGACUUCACCUCGGACUCUCUCUCUCUCUCUCUCUCUCUCUCGGACUCGAUCGCGGACGCGACUGUACCGGACCGGAAAAGCACGGCUACGUAACGGCCCCCCGAGGGAUUUCGCAGCCGAGUCACCGCGACCGGCGGAGCGAGUGAGUCCUCUCCCCCUUGCCGCCCGCCGACCCAGCGUCAAAAACGGGAUUCCGCAAGUAGGAUGGAACACGCACGGUGCACACCCUCUACGUAUGCCUAGUCCAGGGCCAGGGCACGGAAUUGACUUCCAGCUACGCGUCGGCAGUACGUGGUACUUCUACAGCGCCGAUUCUAUAUUUAGGUACGUAGCGGUACCACGUUCAACAGCUUAA